CGGGCGCGAAGAUAUCGUCACGUGGGGCGGAGGCGAGAUUUCAGAGUUGACAACUGCUCCAUGCCGAUGGUGGUGUGUGACUAGCUCUGCCAGUAUGGGUUCUGUGUGACCUAAAAUAUGGCCGAAGCCUCCGAAGAAGACCCUGCCAACAAGUCCCCAAGCUUCCACGCAGGACUUGACAGGCAUGAUGCAGGUUUUCCUGCUGAUGCUGGGGGAAGAAUGCCCUUUGAACCCUGGACCCAGUUCAGCGGGAUGACGCACCCUGUGUCUCCGUCUCAUUUGUACUGGGAAAACUUCGUUCAGCCUUCAGACCCUGUGGAUGGACAGUUUGGGCUGUCCACAUCCUCACCAGACUACUUCAGUGCUUACUCCAGCUAUGUUCAGGAUUUGGGUCGGACUGGAGGCCUGCCUGGGUUCGAUGAUGCCAGCAGUCUUGGAAGCGAUUUCCCUGCUUCCCCUCCUUUCCCCGAAGACUCUGGCUAUGACACUGCCUCCAAGGAAGGAUAUGACUUAUACACAGAUGCCAUGAAGCAGUGGCAGACCAGAGAUAAGUUCACUGGUACUUACAACCCAUUUGGGACAACUGAUGUCCUCACUCAGGCAAAGGUUCCGGAAGAGAAAGCAGACAUCAACAGCAAGCCAAAAACCUACUCUGAUGUUGCAAAGACUCUGAAAAGCAAACCUAUGCAGAAACCUAAGGAAGACCUUGACAACUGCUCAAAGAAAAAAGUCCCGGACACACUGCCCAAAUCUUUUAAGCCUGCUGUCAAGAAAUCCUUCCAGACAAGAGGAUUUCCCAGUCGGCAAAGGACAACGUCUGCUGAUGGAAACCAGGGAUCUAUAGUGUUGCCGGAUUCCAAAUACGGGCUGGACCAGUUUGAGGAUUUGGAUGGCUUCGAGGCCAAGGUUGAUAAGCCCAUAAGCAGUAGUGCAGAGAGCUUAUCUCAUCGCAGUCGGAAAGGAAGCAACAGCAGUGUUAGCAGUGGCACCAGUGGCAUAGAGGAGAUUCAUCUCACCAAGUCUACCAGUAGGGACAGCAUGGAGAAAAACACUUCGGAGAAGCUUAACACUGACCCAGGGAAAGCUUCCAAUGAACAUGUGCCUCCUUCAAAGGACAAAACAGACCGCGUGUUCUUUGAUCCCAAAAGAAUCUUUCAGAAAAAGGAAAAAGAUACAAAUAAGGUUAAGAACGAUAGUAGACAUUCUGGCGCCAGCAAGUCUGCAGGCACUGUGUUGAACAAUGGCAAGCCUCCAAGUGCUAGUAAAACAUCCUGUGUGCCACCCAAGAAGGCAGACUACAUCAAUAAUGAUCUUCGCGACUCCAAGAAGCGAACCAAUCACACUGCUGCGAUGAACAGAGAGUCCAGGAGUAAAGGUCACUCUGAGGAGGACCUGUUCCAGAAUGGCGUGUCUCCGGAGCGGAAGUCAAGGAAAGAUGUCCCUUCCAGGCAUGACGCAGAGUCGCAGAGACACCUUCCUUUUGGUGGCAACAUUGAUUGGGAACUGAUAGAUGAGUGGGUGAGCUUCCUGGGUGAGAGGUGUAAAAGUGGCCUUCAUCGCACAGUGUCUAUCUUGCUAACUCUUCUUCUCUAUCUCCUCGGGAUCAUCAUGUACUUAGCUUCUGGCAGUGUUCACCUCAUCAGUUUAGCUUGGAGUAAAGGCUGGUGUUUUAUCAAAGCUAAAGUCUUCAAAAAUAACUUAAAACCUGGAACAAUUCCUGGCACUACUGAAACGGCAAAACGACGGACGGGACUAGAAGAAAAUAUAUCACUGCCAAGUACAGGAGAGGAAGCCAUGAGACGACUUCUUGCUUGUAGAGGAAAAGACCCCUAUAGUAUUUUAGGAUUACGCUCUGAUAGCAGUGAUGAAGAUAUCAAAAAGUAUUACCGCCGCCAGGCCGUGCUAGUCCACCCAGAUAAGAACCAGGAACCUGGUGCUGAAGAAGCCUUCAAGAUAUUAGGUCACGCCUUUGAGAUGAUACGAGAACCAGCCAAGAGGAAGGUCUACGAUGCUCAGAUGCAGGAGGCUCACGAGGCUGAGGCUGCUAUGAGAGAAUUCAAUGAUCUUUUGACAAAACUUCAUGAAAAGAUACAAGAGGCUGCCAACAUGAUGAGGUGUGAUAACUGUGGAGGCAAACAUAAGCGUAUUCCAGUUGAUCGACCAUGGUACAGUGCUCGAUUCUGUGAUAGAUGUAACAACUUUCAUUCUGCCAAAGAGGGAGAUGUGUGGGCAGAGAAGAAGAUGCUAGGUUUUCUGUGGCACUACUACGCAUGUAUGGAUCAACACGUGUAUGAUAUAACAGAGUGGGUGGCAUGUCAUAAGGAGUUUUUCAAGCAGAUGCAGGCCAACUCUCACCAUGUUUUCUACAGAAUAGCUACAGAUGGAAACCGAGGUCAUCGCCAUGGAAAGUCAGGGGAGCAUGAUUUAGAAGAUUUCAUUAACCACUUGUUUCACAAGGCGUCUAUGUCUCCUGAUGGUUCCUCACCAUGGCAACAACAACAGCAACAACAGCAACAGCAGUCAAGUCAGCAGCCUCAGGCGUCAUCGGCAUGGGGAGCAGGGUCAUCAACGACGUCCGCUGCAGGGGGGAAACGAGCUCGGAGGAAGAAGAAGCGUCACUAAGAGCUACAUCUGGUCUCGAUAGCUGUGGACAAUCUGUGUUCAGUAUGCCAUUUUAUGUCUGAUCUUCUGUGUGCCAGUUGACAACCGAUGUUCAAUUUGCUAGUUAACAGCAGAUGUCCUGUAGCUGUCUUGGUAAGCUGACACGUAGUUGAUGCAGGGAUGAAGAGGCUGAUGCGGGGGUGUGGAGAGGCUGAUGCAGGGGUGGAGAGGCUGAUGCAGGGGUGGCCUCAGUUGACGGACCUGUUAUUGCAGGGGUACAACCAAAGUCAGGGUUUAUCUAUUUAAGAGAAGGACUUUCUAUUAAGCAUUUUGAUUUUGAUCAGUUCGACAUGUGAUCUUAGACUUGAGACAGUAUUGUAAGUCUACGCUUAAGUAUUGGAGAUACAAAAGUCAUAAUGCUAGAAAUUGUAGAAUCCCUUUGUGGAACAGGGCUCUGGGCUAGUGUUAAGGUGUCUCAUUGUCAAGCCUGUCAAUGAUUUCUACUGAAUCCUUGCAUUGGUCGCACUAAAUUUUCUCAGUGGUCAAACCAGUUCAUGAGCUCUGGUGCAUCCAUGCAUUGUUGAUGCUAGGUGUUCUGAGGUGUCGGGGCUGUCAAUGAGCUGUGGUGUCUCCCUGCAUUGGUCAAGGCAUGUCUUAGGUGUCGGAGUGUGUCUGUGAGCUGUGGUGUAUCUCUUCCUCGGAAGUGUAUUGGUCUUAUCAUUUUCGCAUUAUGUAUAAAAUCAACUAUGGAAUCCCCUCACCUCCUACUGGUUGUUUAAGACAUUCUUAAUCUUUUGGCAUGUCUGUGAGGAAUUAAUAACCACAUGUGCUUGAUAUCCAAGAAUCUGUUGAGGUUGAUUUCAACCAGUGGACAGGAAUACCUUGCUGUAACACAAUGUGGUUUUCUAGUGUAGGAAACCUGUGGUCUCUGCUCAAUCCUGGCAGUUUCUUCCCUGUAUCCUUGGUAACAAGGAUUCCUGGAAAUUAAUUUGUCCAUUACCCUGCACCAGUCCCAGCUUCACUAAGUAUUGCUUUUCUCAGGCCCUAAUUUAACAGCUCAUUCUCUCUAACAUCACUGCCUUAUCAAUCCAUCCAGACAAAUCAAUAAGAUCAUAGAGAUGAAAUUUACUAUCACUUGAGGUAAUCAUGUGUAUAUUCCUCUCCACUGGGUCCUUCCGUUUCCAUGCCAAGCAAGCUAUUCAAAUGUAUGCAUUAAUGUAUGAUAUCAUGCAUAUAGAUGUGGGACAAGCUCUCGACAGAGACAUACUGUGCAUGUCUGUCAAGAAGGGUGUGUUGUGUGAAUGUAAUACUGUGUGAGUGUGAACAUAUAGCUCUAUUUUUGUCGCUGUGUGAUGACCUAUACUUGUACAUAGCAACUGUCCGAUUUCAUGAGAACCAGUCAAUUUCCUAUCCUAGUCCAGGGCCUGUGAACUUGUCAGCCUGGCCCAAAACAUGGAUGUGAUUCUCAUGAAACUGCAGCUGACAUCUUCCUAUGAGUCUCUGGCUUGUCACCAUGGUUACAAUGCCUUCUGACAAAACAUGCACAAUUCUUCUCGGUCCGCUCAACUUCCGGAAUAUUUCAGAUAUUUUCAUUUGAAAGUGAUUGAAAUUGACAUUGUUGCUGGUGAGAGAAAGGUGGUACAUUUGUUUGCAAUAAGGAGGGAGCUUUAUUUGUAGCUACAUCGCAGAUACAAGUAAAAUAAUGCUUGCGUGGCAUUUUUUUCAGUUUUGAAGUGGUACAUAGAAAAUGGAUGUCAGUGGACAUGAGUGUGGGGCGCUUCCUAGCCCUUGGAUCAGAAUGUUUGUACUUAUGGUGAAAUAUAAGCACGCAUGGAAAUGUUAGUGAUAUUAAUAUAGUGAGGUAGAUUGACAUUCAUAUAUGCCUUAUUGUGUCAUCUUAAUGUUACUUAAUUUAUUUGACCCAACUCUUGAUGAUCAGGAUGACAGCAACAGCUGAGUUGCAACGUAAGCAUGGCACAUGGUCAGUAGAGUUUGUUAAGUCAAAGUGAUGCAUGUGAGAGAUAUGGCAGGCGUGUAUCCUUGGUCUUUGUCCAUCAAAGUGGCCAGCAUAUUGUAUAUUAAGGUGAUUAUUUUUGUAUAUUUUUUUGUCACUGUUUAAAGAGUUUCCAAGAGGGACUUUUCACUAUUUCAUAUUAACAUACAGCAUAUCACAAAGUCCAGUAACUGUAAAAUCACUUAAGAUCCAAACUUUGAACAAUUAUGUUAAUAAGCAUUGUUUGGGUGUUGGAAAUGGUUUCAAAUGAAGGUUUACAGCCUUCACUGAUGUUGUUUAUCUAGAACUGACUAUGGGCAAUAACUUUUCAUUAUGUUGAAUCCCUGUGGUAGUUAAUCACAAUUUGGAACAUUGUGUAGAACUGAAAGUUUGACAGCUAGGCUUCUCUAACUGUAAGUUUUCAGCUUUGACACCUUUUUAACCGCCGAAUCCCUUCUUACUCUAGUGUCUGUUCAUGUACAAUUUUGAUCAAUAUCUAUCUAUCACUUCCAUUCAUUAUUUACAGUAUUCAAAUUAUGAUCCGAUUGUGAUAUUGUAGCAUAAUAACCGAUGUUCACAGUUUUUGUUGUCUCUUGUUUUUAACAGCUGUCAAUGCAUCAUUGAUUUAACAACUUUUUUGAGGAAUACUGCAUUAACCUUUUCAUGCGGUGGUUGACUGGCUGAAAAGUACUGCAUUAAGCUUGUCAUGCAGUGGUUGACUGGCUGAAGAAUGAGUAACGGUAGGUCAUCUCAGAAGUUGUGAAUUAUUUUUUUGCGUUUGGGACAAACUAUCCGCAGUAAUAUUAAUUUGAAUACUUUGAGGACAAGACUAGCUUACAAUUCUCACAUUUCACAGUCAAUGAAUGCAUUGGGAUUUAAGAGUUAUUCUGUUUAACCUGGUAAAUGAUUUUUAAGUAAAUUGUACUAUGGAAUAGUUUCUUACCAAUAAAAUUGAAAUUAAUUUGAAUUUCCUACUUUUGGGAGCUUGGAGUGAUUUUAGGUUUAUUCAGGGAUAUUUUUCUGUCUGUUUGUGAUUUCCUUUCAGGCAGCUUAUCAUUGAGCACAGUGGGAACCUCCCUUAUUCUAUGCAAAUAGCACUGCAAUAAGGUGAAGCCUUGUCAGUUCUCUUGUCAAUUUAUUCAUCAGUGUCACUUGUUUUUGUCACUGAGGAGGGAUCAUCACUAACAAUAGUCCAGCAGCUUGUUAGUCCUAUAGUAGUUGUGGGUGUAUGUAUUACAGGUGAGAUGUUGCUCACUCAUGGGGUUAAAUGGGCCUAGCAGUUUUACACAAGACUCUGGAAAGUUUUUUUUUUUAAAUGCUUCUCAUCAUGCCUGUAGUUUGACUGAGGCAAUUUCAUGGCAGACAGUAAAUUUUGGUUUUGUUCAUUAAGAUGCCAGUUUUGAUACCAUGUCUAAGAAUGUCAAAAUGGUCUGGAUUUAAGUAGAAGAGUUACUUUUCCUUGCCUUAACUAUCAUGCCAUGUUUGAUAACGAGUUUGUAUGUGUCUUCUGUCUUCUAAUAAAGAAGGGGUAAGAAGUCAAGUGGCUCGGAUAUUUAAAAAAAUAUGAUUCUGAUCGUGCUCAUGAGAAACAUUAUUUUUUUCGAGGCCUGAAAUAUAAAUUAUAAGACUUAUAUCUGAAAUGAUGAGAAUUUUAAUGUGUUUGUAAAAUUGUUCAAUAUGCAAAAUGCAUAAUGAAAUAGUGAACUUUCUUUGAUGUUGCAAAUGAGAAUAAUAAUAAUUAUGCCUGGACCUCCCCACUGCUAUGACACCGUCGUCCUCUCUUUUCUUUUCACCAUUUUUUUUAUUUGGCGGAUGUCUUUCAUUUCAUUGUACUCUGACAUAUUUAUCAACUCAAUAUUAUCUUAGUGUUACACUGUUACACUUACACAAACAUUUCAUUGCUUCCAUCUUGUAGUCACGUGGUUCAGAUUUAUUCCACUUUAUUGGUGAAUGGUUGGUUAUUUAUUGUCAUUGUGAGAGGAGUUACCUUGUAACACUGUUUUAGCAUUCUGGAAUUGUUUCAUUCCUUGAGUAGUGUGGCAUUUUAGUUUCUAACAGUUGUUACAUGGAAAUAUUUGUUCAUACGGGACUGGACACUUCAUCAUUCUGUUGGUUGAGCCAAUGUGAGAGCUGUAGGGUUGUGAUAGUCUGCAGCUUGUGAGUCUUUAACAGAACUUACAACAUUGCCUUUCUUGAUUAGAAAUAUUAUUUUGGUUGUCCAGGAAUUAUUUUUAUUAAAUUGCUACUCCUUGCCUUUUAACCUCGAAUAAUUAAAAAGAAUUCAUAGAUUUUAUUUUCGAAGCAAGCCUGUUGUUAGUUUGUUGUAAGUAGUUGAAUAUUUUGACUUAGAUAAUCCGGUGUGCCAACCUGUAGUUUUCAGUUGCAUUUGAGAAAUAUUUUCAUGAAUUUUGUUGUGUUUCUGAACUUGAAGGAUUGUGGAUUUGAAGCAAACAGAAAUGUGAGGGUUGCAUUUUUGUACAAGUGCUGCUGCUCUCAUCAUGUAUGUUGGGUCUGAAGUAGACUCAAAAGAUUAUUCAUCAUUUUGCUUACAUAAUUAGGAGUUGGAUAUAAUAAACUAUUGUUUACUAAUCUAAUGCAACAAUGAUGUAUAAUACUGUGAUUGAGAAAUAUAUAUGAAUAAAUACAUUGGAUAUUUGG